UAGAGGAGAGAAGGAAAACAAAUCCAGAAUUGCUGUGUGGAAACCUUGCUGGCAUGCAAUGCUGUCAGAACAUUUACAGAGCAGGAACCCUGUUCAGUGCCAAUCAGGAUGAACAUUUAAACAGCAGUCUGCAGUCUAACUUCAAAAUGUCCCUGUGUGCAUCUUCUCACAAAGACUUCUCUCAGUUGCUGCCACUUCAGGAUAUUGGAUGCAGUAAAACAGAAAUUAAAAACUCACCUGCUGGUAUUGCCUCUCCAGUUCCCUACAGCUGUAAUCAGUCCACAUUGACAGCAGAACACAGCCCAGUCUAUAUUCCCUCAUCCUACAUAGAAAACAGACAUGAAUAUUCUGCAAUGGCUUUCUGCAGUCCUGCUGUGAUGAAUUACAGCAUUGCCAGCAACUUAGGUGAUUCAGAGGGCGCACCUGUGAGGCAAACAUCAAGCCCCAACACGCUGUGGUCUGCUCCUGGCCAUCUCUCUCCCCUGACACUGCACUGUCAGUCAUCGCUUCUGUAUGCAGAGCAGCCAAAGAGUCCGUGGUGUGAAGCAAGACCGAUGGAGGCAGUGCUACCUGUGACCAGAGAAACAUUAAAAAGAAAAGCUAAUAGCAAUGACUGCACAAGCCCAAUUGCAAAUAAUCCUGGCUCCAAAAGGGAUGCCCACUUCUGUGCAGUCUGCAGUGACUAUGCUUCGGGAUACCACUAUGGGGUCUGGUCAUGUGAAGGUUGCAAAGCAUUCUUUAAAAGAAGCAUUCAAGGACAUAAUGAUUACAUCUGCCCAGCUACCAAUCAAUGCACGAUAGAUAAGAACAGGCGCAAAAGCUGCCAGGCUUGCCGGCUACGGAAAUGUUAUGAAGUGGGCAUGAUGAAAUGUGGCUCAAGAAGAGAACGCUGCGGCUAUCGCAUCCUGCGUCGCAAUCGCAAUUCAGAAGACCAGAUGCACUGCAUUGGCAAAGCCAAGAGAUACAACGAGGCAGCCACCCGUGUGAAAGAGAUCCUCUUCAGCACAGUCAGCCCAGAGCAGUUUGUUUUAACGCUGCUCGAAGCAGAGCCUCCAAACGUGUUGGUGAGUCGACCCAGCAAACCCUUCACGGAGGCCUCCAUGAUGAUGUCCCUGACCAAACUGGCAGACAAAGAACUGGUUCACAUGAUUGGUUGGGCCAAAAAAAUUCCUGGGUUUGUUGAUCUCAGCCUUUAUGAUCAAGUAAGACUCCUGGAGAGCUGCUGGAUGGAAGUUUUAAUGAUUGGUUUGAUGUGGAGAUCAAUUGACCAUCCUGGGAAACUAAUUUUUGCACCAGACCUUGUACUAGACAGGGAUGAAGGGAAAUGUGUAGAGGGAAUUUUGGAGAUUUUUGAUAUGCUCCUGGCCAUGACCUCAAGGUUUCGAGAGCUGAAGCUGCAGCACAAGGAGUAUCUAUGUGUCAAGGCAAUGAUCCUCCUCAAUUCCAGCAUGUUUCCCUUGUCAGCAGAGGAACCUGAAAGCAACAGGAAACUGCAUCACCUGCUCAAUGUAGUCACAGAGGCACUGGUGUGGGUUAUUGCAAAGAGCGGAAUCCCCUCACAGCAGCAGACAACUCGGCUGGCCAAUUUGUUGAUGCUUCUCUCUCACGUCAGACAUGCAAGUAACAAGGGAAUGGAGCAUCUCCUCAGCAUGAAGUGCAAAAACGUGGUCCCAGUGUAUGACUUGCUGCUGGAGAUGUUGAACGCACACACUCUCAGAGGGCAAAGGAAGUCCCCUGUCACCCAUGCCGAGUUCGGCACUUUGGAGCAGGUGGAGACUGGAGACGCUCUGCGGAACGGGGCAGCCCAGUGACUCUGCUGAAUCUGGAAAUGAGAAGCUUUUCCAAAGGUAUGGGAGACAACAAAGCUACUGUGAUGGGACUGCUGAAGUCUCACUAGGUGUGAGUCCUCAUCUCUUCUGGAUUUGCCCAUGGAUCUCUCAGGAACCGCUUGUGGGACACAUACCUCUGUGUUUCUGACAUGGUAACAGCUGCACUUUUAUAGUGCCUUUUCUGAGAUUCUUCAGAAGCACCUCAUGAAGUUAAGCCUCAGAACAGCACUGUGAGACAAGGGAUUCCUGCCUCUCCUCUCCAGAGGCAGGUGAACUUAGAGAUGAAGGGACUGGUUUAAGGGGACAAAAGAGCUCUGUGUCAGGGCUGAGAGUGAACACUUAGGUCUCCCAGACCAAGGCUUUUAAGUGUUGACCACCCAAUCUCUUCUUUCAGGCUGAGAUUGUAUGAAACAUGGAGCAAUCUUGUUUGGGACAGGUCCAUUUACCUGCGUGUGCUGGUCCCUGAGGAAUCCUUGCAUUGCAGCUGAUCUAGGAAGAGUGCCAAGAUAUAUACAGCGUAAUUGAGUUUCUUCUGUUCUUAAAUACGCAAUGGCUGCAAGGGCCUUCCAUUGAAGGUCAUUCAGAAUAGCUUCUAGGGCCAGUUCAGAGCCUCUUCAGAAGUGUUGCAGCAAGGUUCAGUUUCUAUUUUUGAACCUCUUCUUAACACUCACCAAAUUGUCUGAAUAGUUCAGUCAGUGCUGACCUUUGCAAUGUCUUUUGUCUGUGAGAUUAACUUGUUUAUAUAUUUAUUAAUGAUGCUCAAUCUAUUACUAUCAUUAGCUACAAGAGGUUGCUCUGUGGCUAGUAACUGCAUUCAUAUGUGAUUUGCUAGUCAGAACUUGUGAAAUUAGCUACAAACAAAUCCUCUUCCUUUUGACUCACACGUGGAAUUACGUCCUGCCUACCCAAAGCCUCCUGUAGCCAUCCUGCAGAGGGUGAGAUGGUGGACAGCUGGGACCUGCUUUUGCCUGCUGCCCCCCAGGUUUGCUGCUUGCUUGUGUUCAAAGUUCAUGGCACCUUAUGCUGUGGUUCUUGUAUAUUGUGUAGGAUCAUUCCAGGAGCCAGGAGGUGAUGGUUUGGGCACUUCCUGUGCUUUGCAAGUCUAAUUACUUGUUUGAAUCUCACUGAGGGUACACAGCAAGAUGGCAUCAUUCAUUCUGGCAACUGACAAUAUUGCAUUUUGAUGUGAGCUAGGAUUGCAGCCAUUCUCAGUGGAUAUGUGUAAAUAAAAUUCAUGCAUGUUCUGGGCAUUCCAGGUAGAAUGAAGUGGAAUUGAGAUCACAUCAAAAGUCUACUUGGAGCCAAUGAUACUUCUGGUUUGGGGACUUUGAUUGGAAUGCCAUUUGCACCUUUGAAUAACUACUCAAACCUUCAAGCUUGGUGGGUUUUUUAAGCCAAGGACAGUAUUUUUUCAUAGGAAGGGCAUAAAGAGUUUUCAGUGACUUACAGAAAUCUGUUGUCUUAUUUUGCUCCUGUAUUAUACCAAAUGCUGCUGCUGGUCUAAAUUUUUACUAGCUACCUUUUUAUUAAGAAACUGUAACAUAGCAGUGCUAUUCUAAAAUAAGUGUCAUAUUUGCUACCAAAAAGGAAGGAGAAAAAAAAUGUGAGCACACUCUGGAAUUUAUGGGUACUUCCACUUUGAGGGAACUUUUGCUGUGGAUCAGAUGUGUUUCAGUGCUUUCUGGGCUUGAUCAUGUUCUGGCUUCAGUGCCUCUGGCCUUGUUCUUUGAUUUUUUCCUUAUCCUGUGUAAUAUUUUUGUUCAAUACAGUUUUUCAAAGAAAUGUUUAAGUGACUUUGCUCAUUUCUUUGCUCUGUUUUAGAAGUGCUGGAUUUGUGUGCAGUCUUUAAACAAACCUGUUAACAAGAACAUGGGGCAGAGCUGGGUAUAAAUCAUAAGACUAGCUUUUAAAUGGACACUUGCUCUGGCCUGACUCUGUCAA